CUUCCUGGUCCAAUCCCCAACCUAUUGUCCCACGGCCCAUCCUUACCCCCAAAAUAAAUAAAGCCCCAGUCAGGCUGCUACUCCAGCAUUCUACACGGCUUCCUAGGGAAAGCUGACCUUGCUCCAGUGCCACCAUGAAAUUCUUCACUGUCCUGCUGUUUGCCAGCCUUGCCACAGCCUCUCUUGCUGUCCUGCCUGGGUCUGAAGAUGAAAUCCACAUGAAGACUCAGCACACAUCUGCCAUUUCAGCUUCCCAGUCCAUUCCAACCAGUCACAACAGCAAGGAGAGUACUUCCAAUAAGGACUCUUCCAAGGACUCUUCCAUCUUCAGAGAACAGCUGGUUUCCAAAGAUAAUGUGGUGAUAGAAUGUACCAAAUCUAAGAGUCAAAAGGCCCAGACUGGGGCAUCUCAGUUGGAAGAGACCACAGGACCCACCACCUCAGCUGAAACCACCACAGAGGGAAAACUGACUAAAUUAAACCAGGCAAUAGAAAAAAAAUUGGAUAAAAUAAUUGAAAAACUUAUGAGUGCUGUGGAAGACAUAAUCCCUGGUACCAGUGAUAUCACGAGCCAAUGAAGAUAAGAAAGCCUAACUAUGUCCCAUGCUGGGCCACUAGAUGUGCCUCAUCACCCACACUCUGCUCAUCCCAACCACCACCUCUCAGUCUCCUCUUCAGUGUCUUACAUUAAAGUAUUGCAACCUGAA